CGGUCCCGGCCCGCGGGCUGCGGUCGGCCCUCCAUGAGGCUGCUGGCUCGGGCCCGCGCGGCACCGACGCGGGGAACGCGCUUCGCGCUGACUCAGCGGCGGCGGCGGCUGUGGCUGCGUUAGCUGGGCCCUAGCACGCUUUCCCUUCCUGGGGCGCUGACUCCACCCGCCUCCUUUUGCUAGCUUGCCGGCCCGGCGCCACGCAGGAGAAGGCGCCAGGGGACGCGGAGCGGCGGGAGGCGCUUGGCCCCGGCCAGCUCGGUCUCCGGUGUUAGCCCUACGGCCGUGGUGGAGAACGACAGCGACGAGGACGAGAGCCGUUCUCCCCGCUCCCUGCGUGCGGCACCGCUCCGUUUUGCUGAUCGGUCUUCGGGAGCACGGGCGGGGAGGCGGGAUGGAGUGAUAGGGAAGAUGUUUGUGGAUUCUUCUGUGGGAUCUGAGGGCACGUCUGUUGGAAUCAGAAAACUCCAAGUAUAGCAGCAGGAUGGAUGAACAGGCUCUUUUAGGACUAAAUCCAAAUGCUGAUUCAGACUUCAGACAAAGGGCCGUGGCCUAUUUUGAGCAGUUAAAGAUCUCCCCAGAUGCCUGGCAGGUGUGUGCAGAAGCUCUAGCUCAGAGGACGUACAGUGAUGAUCACAUAAAGUUUUUCUGCUUUCAAGUGUUAGAAUAUCAAGUUAAAUAUAAAUACUCAGAACUAACUACUGUUCAGCAACAACUAAUUAGGGAGACACUCAUAUCUUGGCUUCAGGCUCAGAUGCUGAAUCCCCAACCAGAGAAGACCUUUAUAAGAAAUAAAGCAGCCCAAGUUUUCGCCUUGCUUUUUGUUACAGAAUAUCUCACUAAAUGGCCCAAGUUUUUUUUUGACAUUCUCUCAGUAGUGGACCUAAACCCAAGGGGUGUAGAUCUGUACCUCCGAAUCCUCAUGGCUAUUGAUUCAGAAUUGGUGGACCGUGAUGUAGUACAUACAUCAGAGGAGGCUCGUAGAAACACUCUAAUAAAGGAUACCAUGAGGGAACAGUGCAUUCCAAACUUGGUGGAAUCAUGGUACCAAAUCCUACAAAAUUAUCAGUAUACUAAUUCAGAAGUGACAUGUCAGUGCCUUGAAGUAGUUGGGGCUUAUGUUUCUUGGAUAGACUUAUCCCUUAUAGCCAAUGACAGGUUUAUAAAUAUGCUGCUAGGUCAUAUGUCAAUAGAAGUUCUAAGGGAAGAAGCAUGUGACUGUUUGUUUGAAAUUGUAAAUAAAGGAAUGGAUCCUGUUGAUAAAAUGAAACUAGUAGAAUCUUUGUGUCAAGUAUUACAGUCUGCUGGGUUUUUCAUCAUUGACCAGGAAGAAGAUGUUGACUUCCUCGCCAGAUUUUCUAAAUUGGUAAAUGGAAUGGGACAGUCAUUGAUAGUUAGCUGGACUAAAUUAAUUAAGAGUGGGGAUAUCAAGAAUGCACAAGAGGCACUACAAGCUAUUGAAACAAAAGUGGCACUGAUGUUACAGCUACUGAUCCAUGAGGAUGAUGAUAUAUCUUCUAACAUUAUUGGAUUUUGUUACGAUUACCUUCAUAUUUUAAAACAACUUACAGUGCUCUCAGAUCAGCAGAAAGCUAAUGUAGAGGCAAUCAUGUUGGCUGUUAUGAAAAAAUUGACUUAUGAUGAAGAAUAUAACUUUGAAAAUGAGGGUGAAGAUGAAGCCAUGUUUGUAGAAUACAGGAAGCAGCUGAAAUUACUGCUGGACAGGCUUGCUCAAGUUUCACCGGAGUUGUUGCUGGCUUCUGUUCGCAGAGUUUUUAGUUCUACACUGCAGAACUGGCAGACUACUCGGUUCAUGGAAGUUGAAGUAGCAAUAAGAUUGCUGUAUAUGUUGGCAGAAGCUCUUCCAGUAUCUCAUGGUGCUCACUUCUCAGGUGAUGUUUCAAAAGCAAGUGCUUUGCAGGAUAUGAUGCGAACUUUGGUAACAUCAGGAGUUAGUUCCUACCAGCAUACAUCUGUGACAUUGGAGUUCUUCGAAACUGUUGUUAGAUAUGAAAAGUUUUUCACAGUUGAACCUCAGCACAUUCCAUGUGUACUAAUGGCUUUCUUAGAUCAUAGAGGUCUGCGGCAUUCCAAUGCAAAAGUGCGGAGCAGAACCGCUUACCUCUUCUCCAGAUUUGUCAAAUCUCUCAAUAAACAAAUGAAUCCUUUCAUCGAGGAUAUUCUGAAUAGAAUACAAGAUUUAUUAGAGCUUUCUCCACCUGAGAAUGGUUACCAGUCUCUGUUGAGCAGCGAUGAUCAACUGUUUAUUUAUGAGACAGCUGGAGUGCUGAUCGUUAAUAGUGACUACCCAGCAGAACGGAAGCAAGCCUUAAUGAGGAAUCUGUUGACUCCCCUAAUGGAAAAGUUUAAAAUUCUGUUAGAAAAAUUGAUGCUGGCACAAGACGAAGAAAGGCAGACAUCUCUAGCAGACUGUCUCAACCAUGCUGUUGGAUUUGCCAGUCGAACCAGCAAAGCUUUUAGCAACAAGCAGACUGUGAAACAGUGUGGCUGUUCCGAAGUUUAUCUGGACUGUUUACAGACAUUCUUGCCAGCCCUCAGUUGUCCCUUACAAAAGGAUGUUCUCAGAAGUGGCGUCCGCACUUUCCUCCACCGCAUGAUAAUCUGCCUAGAGGAGGAAGUUCUUCCGUUCAUCCCGUCUGCCUCGGAGCACAUGCUCAAAGACUGUGAAGCGAAGGACCUUCAGGAGUUCAUUCCUCUUAUCAACCAGAUCACAGCCAAAUUUAAGAUACAGGUAUCUCCAUUUUUACAACAAAUGUUCAUGCCUCUGCUUCAUGCAAUUUUCGAAGUAUUGCUCCGACCAGCGGAAGAAAAUGACCAGUCUGCUGCUUUAGAGAAGCAGAUGUUGCGGAGGAGUUACUUUGCUUUCCUGCAAACAGUCACAGGCAGUGGAAUGAGCGAAGUUAUAGCAAACCAAGGAGCAGAGAAUGUAGAACGAGUUCUAGUUACUGUGAUUCAAGGAGCAGUUGAAUAUCCAGAUCCAAUUGCACAGAAAACAUGUUUUAUCAUCCUCUCCAAGUUGGUAGAACUCUGGGGAGGUAAAGAUGGACCAGUGGGAUUUGCUGAUUUUGUUUAUAAGCACAUUGUCCCCGCAUGUUUCCUAGCACCUUUAAAACAAACCUUUGACCUGGCAGAUGCACAAACAGUAUUGGCUUUGUCUGAGUGUGCAGUGACGCUGAAAACAAUUCAUCUCAAACGGGGCCCAGAAUGUGUUCAGUAUCUUCAACAAGAAUACCUGCCUUCCUUGCAGGUAGCUCCAGAGAUAAUUCAGGAGUUUUGUCAAGCGCUUCAGCAGCCUGAUGCUAAAGUUUUUAAAAACUACUUAAAGAUGUUCUUCCAGAGAGCAAAGCCCUAGGAACUGGAUCUCCCUGUGCCUACUUCAUAAUCAGGAUUUGUGAUCAGAAAUUCCAGUUAAUAAUUUAUAAAGAAGCAGGUUUUAUGUGCCAUUCACAGUGCUCUUUUUAACUUGGCUUUGAGCUUAUUGCAGUAUGUGUAUGUAUUGGGAUUUUUCUGUAAAAUGUGUGUAAUUUUCCCUAAGUACAGGUAUGUGGCAACGAGAAGUGGCUUGCAUGCCAAUUCAUAUUGUUUUAUGUAAAAAUGCUGUUAAACGAUUCAGCAGAGUUAUCCUAGUACCUUUUUAUUUUUAUUUGAAACUUUAAGUCCUCUUAAAGACCAUAGCGGGAAAACUGUACUUUUUUAAAAUUGCUGAAUGAAUAUAAAAUGUUUGAGAAUUUAAUUUUUCUUUUAUGUGUGCAGACUCAAACUAUGGGGGAACUACAAAGAUCAAAACUACUUUUUUAUAGAUAGCCAUGACAUUUCUUUACAAUGUUUUGAUGCCAAUAUGUAUUCUACAAAAGAGAAUGGUUUCGUAAAUUAACUGAUUUAAGAGUAGGUGCCGGUGUUAUACAUUUUUUUUAUAAAAAAAUAAAUUUUACAUAGUGAAUUUACCAAGUCUUUUUGGGAAUUAUUAUACAUACUGUAGCCCUAGUUUUUUGUCUUACCUUUCCUAAUUUCCCAUUUAAAGGAUUGCACAUAAAAGCUUAUAGGUGAUUUAUUUAAUUGUAUUAUGCUCCUAAAAGGUUAUAUGCAACUUAGUUCUGUUAAAUAGAUCUUUUUAAAAACGGCCUAGAAAAAGCCUGUGUGAAUUUGUUGAUAGAAUUAAAAGUCCAAUAUGUUCUACCUCUGUUAUUGGAUCUAUUUAGGGCACAGUAUACCUAUGUGUUUAUGGUAUUUAUAAAUAGGCGCUGCCCAUUUAAUUACUAGAAGAACUUCCCUUGUCUUCUCCCAUUUUUAUUCAUGACUGCAAGAAAACAAGAGGAGAAACAAUAGUAUCAGUAGUAGUAUUGGGAAAUUAAGAGGGACAACACUGAGUAGCACAGUUACUAUAGUCAUUUAAGUUUAAAUUCUAAAAGUCUCAGUAAGAUUGUAGGGGAGGGUUGGGUGGUUAUUUUUUUUAACCUUUGGCCAAUAUGGCCCCUAGGGGUUUCAUGGACAGGCUUCAGGAGUGUAUAAACUUCCUAAAAUUGUAUUCUAAAUUGUGUACAUAUCCCUUUCUUUCUCCCUCCUCCUUCCUCUAAAAAUAAAUAUUUUUAAAAAAUAAUAAA